UCGCUCAAUGAGUCUUCAUUCGCUGGCCCAGUUUGUUGUCGUGCUGUUUGCUGUUUGUCGUUCCCUCGUCUUUUUUUGUCGCCUAUUUUAUUUUCGUAGUAUUGCAUAUAUUUAGUAAAUAUUUUGUUGUUGUUAUUUAUAGUACGGACUUGGUUGGCGUGGUGCGUGUUGUAUUUGUUCUUUGUUUUUUUUUUUUUUUGAGUGGCAUAUUUUUGUUUAAUUUUUGAUGGCAGCCAAAGACCGCCUGCCCAUAUUUCCCUCACGUGGUGCCCAAACGUUGAUGAAAUCGCGUUUGGCCGGCGCCACCAAGGGACAUGGUUUGUUGAAAAAGAAGGCAGAUGCGCUGCAGAUGCGCUUUCGUCUGAUUCUGGGCAAGAUCAUUGAGACCAAAACCCUGAUGGGUCAGGUGAUGAAGGAGGCUGCCUUCUCAUUGGCCGAGGUCAAGUUCACGACUGGCGACAUCAACCAGAUAGUGCUGCAGAACGUGACAAAGGCCCAGAUCAAGAUCAGGACCAAAAAGGACAAUGUGGCCGGAGUAACGUUGCCCAUUUUUGAGCCCUACACGGAUGGCGUGGACACCUACGAGUUGGCCGGACUGGCACGCGGUGGUCAGCAGUUGGCCAAGCUGAAGAAGAACUACCAGAGCGCCGUGCGCCUCCUCGUGGAACUGGCCUCGCUGCAGACCUCCUUUGUGACCCUCGACGACGUGAUCAAGGUCACCAACCGGCGGGUCAAUGCCAUCGAGCACGUGAUCAUACCCCGCAUCAACCGAACUAUAGAGUACAUCAUCAGCGAGCUGGACGAACUGGAGCGCGAGGAGUUCUACCGGCUGAAGAAGAUCCAGGAUAAGAAACGCGAGGCUCGGAAGGCAUCCGACAAGAAGCGGGAGGAGCAGCGGCGUCUGGGCCAGCUGGCCGAGGCCAAGGAGGCGCAGAACAUCCUCGAUGAGGACGGCGACGAGGAUCUGCUCUUCUAGACCGCAUCUAUGUACAUCCCAUAUACCCACAGACCAACCUGCUGCUCCACCUGACCUCCACCUCCACUUCCACCCACCCGACUCAACUCUGCUACCUCACCACCGCCUAUCAAAAGACCACCUCUCGAUUUUGUUGACGUUUUUCAUUGUGAUCCGGAUGUUGUACCGUUUGUCGUUCUUGGAAAUACAAUCCGAAAUCGUAACCUCUGUGA